CUCGUAUUAAUAUAAAUCGCACAAUUACUGCACUUCUGUUGGCUGACAAAAAGGCGCCAUUUUACAGUGAGGACAUUUUAUUUUGGAGGGAUCAAAUCAUCCUCUGGUCCUGACUAACACCUGGAAGAAACGGUACCAUUUAUCAAACUUUGGGAGAAAAUCUCUUACAGUAACAGUAGUUUUAUCCGCUGAACGUGAGCAUUUGUGCUUAUUUCUUUUGCCAGCCUAAUUGAAUAAUUGAGCAAAGACAGAAAAUGGCUUCUGGGAAGAUGUGCAUGAAGAAGAGUAAAGAGGAAACUGCAGAGUGGACAGGUUUAUUCCCGAAUGACCUGAAAACGGAACAUGACUCCCUUGUGUUCGUGAAGAGGAUGCUGGCGGUGGCUGUCUCCUCCAUCACUUACCUCAGAGGGAUCUUCCCAGAGGACUCCUACAGAUCCAGAUACCUGGAAGACUUGUGCAUCAAGGUUCUGCGUGAAGACUGCAACCAUUCAGGGGCCUCUAAUGUUGUGAAAUGGAUGAUGGGCUGCUUUGAUGCAUUGGAAAAGCAAUAUCUCCAGAUUGUGUUCAUUGGGGUCCACACAAAUCCGGAUAUGUCAAAUUGCAUUAUUGAGUCUUACCAGUUCAAAUUCAGAUACGCUGAGAAGGGGCCACAGAUGGACGUGCUGAGGAACAAGAAUGUGGCGAUGCAGGUGACACUGGAGGAUACCAAGAGAGCCUCAGUGCUGCUCAUCAGAAAGCUGUUCUUGCUCAUGCAGAACCUGGGCACCCUCCCGAUUAAAGUCUACCUCACCAUGAAGCUCUACUACUACGAUGACAUCACACCUGCCAACUACGAGCCACCCGGCUUCAAGGCAGGGGAAUGUGACCGCUUGUGGUUUGAGGGCACAGCCGUGAACUUCAAGAUGGGCGAGGUGAAGACAGCCUUCCACACCCUGAGAAUGCGGGUGUCAGCAGAACAAGGCCGGAUGGAGAAGCUUCAGGAAGAGAGCCACCUGAAGGAGAAUGUGCAGAGCUCUCAGAACAAUCUUCAAGGCCAGAAACGAGUCAUGGAAGCUCAUCAGAAAUUGUUUCAUGACCUACCUUCUGAAGAUGAAUCUGCACAGUUCAAGAAACCCAAAAGACCUGUGGUGAAGAGAAAAGCGGCUACCAAAGCUCACGCAAAGAAGAAAAGAUCUUGAAUCACAACAUUCCAAGAAACAAGUGCAGCGACAAACCCAAACAUAAACUCUUCUUGUUAUUGUAUUUACAGUGUGUUCAAUAAGAAAAUGUGUUCUUUUAAUAUUUGUAACUUUGAGGCACAUGUUCUUUAUUCAACAGGUGUGUAAAAGUGUUCAUGUGUACAGUCCAGGUGGAUUCACCGGAAUGUUCGAAAGUGGUCAGUUGUUUUGACAUUUCUAAAAAUGUAUUUAUAAGCAUGAUUAACUUAUAAAAUAAAACUUGACUUGCAAACAUCUUUUUAGUUUUUGUACAAAUUAAACUGAACUCUCUUUUUUGUCUAUUUGAGUAACAAAAUAUAAGCAAAUGCAAAACUAGUAUAAUUACACAGAUUGUUUGGCUCAGGAUACAUUUACCUUUUAAAAUGAAAAUACACUUCCUGUUUCAUUAUCCCCUGUAGUUCCAGUAACUGUUCACCCAAGUUUCACAUACAUUUAUUAUAAAAAUUAAAAAACUAAACAAAAAAAAAAAAAAACAGCUGGAGUUAUUGCUUUGACAGAGAUGACACUUUAAGACCCUGUUGAUUUAAUUCUCAUCACCUGAGGCAGUCAAAUUUAACACACAUUCCGAGUGAUGAAAGUGUUGUCUUGGUCCAGUUUUCCCAUUUCUGGAUCAGUGGUGAUGCUCAGGUUUUCUACUGAAUCCAGACUCUAGAAGAGGCUGUCCACAUCUCCCAUUUCCACAAAGACAGUCUUCAGCUGGGAGUAGUAUUCAAUCGUCACCUGUCCGUUCUCCCUCCCAAUGCCUGUUAAAUAAAA